AUGCAAAAGAGGGAAAGAGAGGAACUCACCAAUGAGAAGCGAUGUGAAGGGUUAGAGCGUCACCACCAAAAAAUGCAGCUAGAAAGCAAGAAGGAAGACAUAUCAGAAACCAAUGAUCUAGAUGAUGGUCGUUCUGCUGAGAAAAUCCAGGCUGGCCUAGUUGAUGAAGACUGCAAUUUUUUUGAUAGCAUGUGUAAAGAGCAUGGUAUUGAAGCAAGGAUGGAGCAUUAUGCCUGCAUGGUCCUUCUAGGUCAUGUUGGAAGACUAGAAGAGGCAUAUAAUAUGAUUGAAGUUCACGGUAAUGUGAGUAUAGGUGAGGCUGCUGCUAAACAUCUCUUUGAACUAGAACCUACAAAUUGUGGGAACUACAUCCUUCUGUCCAAUAUAUAUGCUUCCAAAAGCAUGUGGACUGAGGUUGAUGCAGUGACAGAUAUGAUGAAAGCUAUGGGUUUGAGAAAGAGCCGUGGCUGA